AUGGAUGCCUUGGAUCAAGUUAUAAAACCCAAAACAAAAAGGGCCAAGAGAUUCCUUGAGAAGAGAGAACCGAAGCUCAGUGAAAAUAUUAAAAAUGCCAUGCUGAUUAAAGGGGGAAAUGCAAAUACAACAGUGACACAAGUACUUAAAGAUGUGUACGCACUGAAAAAACUGUAUGGCAUUCUAUAUAAAAAGAAAAAUAUUACAAGACCAUUUGAGGAUCAGACAUCACUGGAAUUCUUUUCAAAGAAGUCAGAUUGUUCUUUAUUCAUGUUUGGCUCCCAUAACAAGAAGCGGCCAAAUAAUCUAGUAAUAGGUCGCAUGUAUGAUUACCAUGUGCUGGAUAAGAUUGAAUUAGGUAUUGAGAAGUUUGUGUCUCUCAAAGAUAUUAAGAAUAGUAAAUGUCCCGAGGGAACAAAACCCAUGUUAAUAUUUGCUGGUGAUGCUUUUGAUGCAACUGAAGACUAUAGAAGACUAAAAAGUCUUCUUAUUGACUUUUUCAGAGGCCCCACAGUAUCAAAUAUUCGCCUGGCUGGAUUAGAGUAUGUUCUGCAUUUCACUGCACUGAAUGGAAAGAUUUACUUUCGAAGCUAUAAGUUGCUGUUGAAGAAAUCUGGUUGCAGAACACCACGGAUUGAAUUGGAAGAGAUGGGACCUUCAUUGGAUCUGGUUGUGAGGAGGACACACCUGGCAUCAGAUGACCUUUAUAAAUUAUCUAUGAAAAUGCCAAAAGCCCUCAAGCCAAAGAAGAAGAAAAAUAUCUCCCAUGAUACUUUUGGUACAACUUAUGGAAGGAUUCAUAUGCAGAAACAAGACCUAAGCAAACUACAAACUAGGAAAAUGAAGGGGUUGAAAAAGCGACCUGCAGAAAGGAUAACUGAAGAUCAGGAGAAAAAAUCAAAGAAAAUGAAAAGAAAUUAGUGGAACUUAGCCAGCCCCUGCAGUUUUAUUCUGGUCUCUUAAAGGAGUUGUCAAGCUUCAGUUCAUUCAGUUUCUUACAAGAUUUUAUCAUAGGGCUGGGGAUGCAGCUCAGUGGUAGAGUACUUGCCUAGCAUGCGGGAGGUUCAAUUCCUAGCACCAUACACACACACAAAAGAUUUUAUCAUAUAUUUUUAUAACAUGAUAACUUACUAUAUAUUAUUAUGAACAGUAAUAUAAAGUAAACCUUUUACUUGUAGUGUUAAAUUCUGGUGUUCUGUUUUCUCUCUGACAUGAUAUCCCCAGCCUCC